AACCUCUGCUAAAGAGUUCCCGUCAUGGCUCCGUUUUAUCGGUUUGUCACAACAAAAACCAUUUUUCUGAGACACUGAACCGAUCGGCGCAGGUUUCAGAAAUGCUCCCGACCGUCGUCUUCCUCCUCCUACUCCGCCUCCUCGCCACCGCCACAGUCACCAUCUCCGCCCCUAUUUUGGGAUUGGACUCCUUUCUUGCUCAGCAAUCCAGAGUUGACCCUCAAGCCACCAAUGACUCCUUCCUUUCCCUACCUUCCUAUCUGAAGAAAACUCUCUCCCAAGCCUCCACUCAACAGCCGGCCACCAUCGCCGCCCUCCUUUCCCUCCAAGUCUCCGUCCCAAUCACCGUCAAGCUGGUGGGGACCACCUUCACCUCUUCCUCUCCCGCCACUCUCUCCUCCUUCAUCUCUUCCGCCGUCUCCUUCGAUCACUACCAAGUAAUCUCUCCUUUCACCACUCAGCCCUCUCACCAUCUCUCUAUCUCCCAUUCUCUCCACCCAGAAGUCUCUCUCGCCCCUUCUUCGCUCGCCGCGCAUCUCUCCGAAACCCUAAAAUCCCAAAUCGCCUCCUCCUCCUCUUCCAGUUUCCGAUCCCAACUCGCCUCGGUUCCGUACUCCAUUACCGACCAGAUUAUUAAACAAGACUUCGAGAAGGAGAAGCCGAUUAGCGGAAUUUACAUUUAUAUCCUCAAUUUGGGCGCCCAAUCCAAACCCUACGCUUAUAGCUACACCCAUGGCGAUUCUUCUCCGGCUUUUACCAAGUGCUUAGGCAGCAUUUGGACCGGGAAAGACCGGUAUAUCUGGAUCGAUUUAGGCGCCGGUCCGGUCGAGUACGGACCGGCUCUCUCCGGUGAUGGACUUAUGCCGAGAGGAGAGUUUCAUCCAUUGGCUUCCCUUCACGGCCGCCCUAAGUCCCAAAGGGCAAUGCUUUCCGAUUUAGCCUCAUUGGUUUGGAGUGCUUAUCAGGUUCUUCUUGUUCCCUCCUUGAGAAUUCCUAUCCCUUUUGAGAAUUCAUUGAUAGUUGAGUUUAUACACAUAAAUGGUUCCCCGGAUAGUAAAGAUAGCUUUGGAUUGGAUUGGAAAUCAAUAGAGAGGACUUUUAUGGAUGAAGCAAGUGAUAGUGGAUUAUUGUUGGGUGAUCAAUCUUUAAGCUUUAAGAAAUAUGAGGUGAAAUUAGCGGAGUGCUCGAUAUGUUCUUUUGCCAUUUCUAGGGCAACUACUUCGUACACUUCUAGGUAUUUAUUCGAUAACUACACUCUGAUUGUUAGUGAGUACCUGGACUCGAAGCGCUUGCACCAGACUUUGUCGGAAUCUGCUGAGGAGUUUAGGAGGGUGGCGAAGCUUCCCCAAGAAGACUUUGGGAGGGUUCUUCCCGUGUAUGUUUUUGAUCUGGAUAUCAGCAUGAUUUUGUUGCUCGAUCGGUAUCAUCAGACGGUGGCUUUUAAAGAUAUGGUUAUUGCGGUGAGGACGAAGAGUAGCCAGGCCGUGAGCGAUUAUAGUUGUAAUGGACGCCAUGUUUUUACCCAGACUCGUGAACUGGAGAGACCCCUUGUUGGUUCCAUUUUGCAGAGUAUGUGGGGAGUGUCCCCGACGCAUUUGCUGUGGAGCCCUAAGCACAAUACUACUCUUGUGGACUAUACGUGGAGUGUUGGGCAGACGCCGUUUGGGCCCUUUUCGGAAAUUUCAUCGCUGUCCUUUGUACAGAAGGAUGCUGCUAGAAGGAAUGUUCUUUUGACGUCAUUGAACUAUAGUCUCAUGAGUGCUAUUGACGUCAUUGAAUCCAUUGCUUCACAUGGCGGGGAGAGGAAAGUCCUUAAGCAUAAUCAGCUUCCCGAGUUCAUCCAACGGUGGAAUUUGUUCAAGUACAAGCUGGAUAAAACAGUUUCUGCUUUGUCACAUUUUGAUUUUGAGAUGGCAUUAUAUUACCUAAGGUCGUCAGAUCAUGAUAUAUAUGCCAUUCACUCUCUUCUUUAUCAUGCUUCCCAAGAUUUGGAGGCAUCGCUCGUCUGCUUUAAGGACCCUCCGUUUCCAUGGAUGUCGGUUUCUAUGUCUCUUGGGGUUUUAAUUGGUUUUCUCUAUAUUAUUGCAAAGAGGGACAAGUUAUUUCGGAACAAGAGAAAACAGUUUUAGAGCAUCAGGUUUGGUAAUAUGACGGCUGUUUUGAAAUCUUGACUUCAGUGGUCAGAAAGAGGUACCUCAGUUUUCACUAGCGUUUUUCUUUUAUGUAUAUGUAUGUGCUUACUAUUCCUUAUGAAUGUAAGUUUCAUGCCUUUCUGGCCUUCCCAUUUGGGUUGCCUUGUAAACAAUCUUGAAGCAAAAUAUUAAAUGGCCUUUCUUACUCAAA